AUGGAGCGUCGCCGGCUGCAGAAUCGCAUCGCACAGCGCCGGUUUCGUCAGAAGCAGCAGCAGAAAGCCGCUGAGCAAGCCCAGGCGAAUGCGCCUCCGACUUCGAGCCACCACGAGAUUACCGAGCUCCACUACGAGGUGAAACUCCCCCUGAGCCAUGACCCGACCCCGGAGUUCCCACCGCCGGCGACGACUCCGAGGUCCGUUAGUAGCCCCGCUGCCGGCCGGAGCCUGUGCGAUUUGAGCGCGUACGGGAGCCUCGCGCUCCUUGACAACAUCUCAUUUGCAAACAUGGACAACUUGGAUAUGAGCGCUAUACAGAUGCACGGGACGAGGGACGACUUGGUGGAGAUGUUCCUGAGCAGGCUCGGGUGUAAAGAGUCCAUGCCCACCGAUAGCGGCGUUGACUCAGAAGGACAAGCAGGCUGGGUGAGCGCCCUGCACAUCGCCGCGCAAAAGGGCCAUGACAGAGUCGCCCGCGCGUUACUGCAGCACAAUGCAGAGGGCAAUGUCAAGGAUAGCGAUGGGAAAACACCCCUGAUACACGCUACCAUCGGGGGCCACAAGGAAGUGGUGAGCUUGUUGCUGACACACGGGGCACGCAUCGGGAACGUGGAUAACGAACACCGCUCGGCCCUCCACUGGGCCGUGGUGCAUCGCCGCGAGACACUGUUGAAGCUCCUGCUGGAUCACGCCGCUGGCGAUCUGGCAACGAUAGACGGAUACGACGACAGCGGGAGGACCCCGUUGCACAUGGCCGUAGACAUGGAUUUCGAAGCUGGUCUACAGCUCCUGUUAGAAUUCGGUGCCAACGUGCACUAUAAAGCUAGAAGUCAACGUCAGAAUGAUGGGCUGCCUGGUACGAGUUAG